AUGUCGUUGGACCUCAACACCAAAAUACGAAUCCUUUGUGAAGCGAGCCCGGAAACAAUCGACGAAUAUGUUGGUCAUAUUUCACACUUGGUAGAUUUGCUCAGUGGUGAAAGUUUGUCAGUAAGUGCUACUGUCGACGUCACUAAUAAAUUCAAGGAGUUAGCAGCAGCAUAUCCCAAGUUCAUCUCCAAAAACCCGUUGAAGCGUCAAGGUUGGAGAAUUGUUGAUGCUAACUUUGACAAACUUGUAAGAUUUAUAAGUGAAACCACUGAUUUGUCCACUGCUGUUAUCGCAAUGCGCCUAUUAACUCAAGUAGUCAUGCUGCUCAACUACUGGGAGGUUUAUAACUUGCUAACAUGGAAACCAGCACUCUACGAGUUCAUGAAAAUGAUUGAUUUUGACUUUACGGAGUGCUACAACGAAUUCAUGGUGUCAUACCACAAUGAGAAAUGGGGACCUCCUGUAGACCUACGAACUUUGGGGGCAGGUGGAGGCCGCGACAAAUUUAGACGUCGCAGAACAAAGAUUAACGAUGAUAUACCGGCUAAAGUGAUCAAGAAAAUGUCCACUGGGACAGUUUCAACCAAGCUGCUGAAUUACGAUCCUGAUGUCAUUCACGAGUGCCAAUUGCCACUGGCCGACUAUCCUGAAAAGCUUUGCUUACGUCGAUUUUCACGAAAAUACGAGCUUAUUAGACACCAGGAAACGGUGCAUUCCAAGAAGAAAAAACUAUUCAAGUGCUUUGUAUGUGUGAGGCAAAACCCAGCGGUGGGCCCACGCAUAUUCACUCGCCAUGAUACAUUGGCCAAACACAUUCGAGUGAAUCAUAAGAUUUCCGGUAAAGAAGCCAAAGCUGAAGUUGCCUAUUCUAAAAAGCACGCAGAGGUCGUGGAUGACAAUGAUCUUUUACUUCACGCAGGGCGACGAAAGACCAAGGCGGAUUUUGAAAUUCCUGCUCAGCUAGGGAAAAAAGACUCUGCUGACCAAGGUGAAUACGCUGGAGAACUUUUGUAUGGUGAAGAACCAUAG